UUUUCUCUCCUGGUUCCCUCCCUCACACGCGCAGGCAUUUCUCUCCCCUCCCUCCACACACACACACACACGCUUUCCUCCUCGCCUCGGCCGCCAUGAACCCCAGCUGUGCCCGCUGCGGCAAGAUCGUGUACCCGACCGAGAAGGUGAACUGCCUCGACAAGUUUUGGCAUAAAGCAUGUUUCCACUGCGAGGUCUGCAAGAUGACUCUCAACAUGAAAAACUACAAGGGCUAUGAGAAGAAGCCGUAUUGCAAUGCACACUACCCAAAGCAGUCCUUCACUAUGGUGGCAGACACCCCAGAAAACCUGCGCCUUAAACAGCAGAGCGAGCUUCAGAGUCAAGUCCGCUACAAGGAGGAGUUCGAAAAGAAUAAAGGGAAGGGCUUCAGCGUGGUGGCUGACACCCCAGAAUUGCAGCGAAUCAAGAAGACCCAGGAUCAGAUCAGUAACAUAAAGUACCAUGAAGAGUUUGAGAAGAGCAGGAUGGGUGCACCUGGUGGAGAGGGAGGCGAAUCGGAACGCCAGAACUCCCAGGAGGGCGCCAACUACAGGAGGCCAGUGGAGCAGCAGCCACCAGCACACCAGCAACCUCAUCAUGUCCAACCAAGUACCCCUGUUUACCACCACCAGCCACCAGCACAACCAGCCUCUCAGUCUUACAGCUACAAGGAACCAGCAGCACCUGUCUCAAUACAGCGUAACACCCCAUCUGGCGGAGGGAAGCGGUUCCGUGCAGUCUACGAUUACAACGCAGCCGAUGAGGACGAGGUCUCCUUCCAGGACGGUGACACCAUAAUCAAUGUGCAGCAGAUUGAUGACGGCUGGAUGUAUGGCACCGUUGAGCGGACCGGUGACACAGGCAUGCUUCCAGCCAACUAUGUGGAGGCUAUAUGAGCUCCACUCGGGUGCCACCCUGAAAGCAAGCAGGGGGAGGGCUCUUGUGUGCUUCUUGUUCCAUUAUCCCUUCUCUGCUGUCUUGUCACACAUCAGUUAUUUUGUUCCGAACCUCUGACAUGGCCAUUUAAAAAAAAAUCUUCUGCCAACAUAGCCUUGUUUUGGAGGCAUUUGAACUUGGGGUGGGUGUCUUUUUUACUAUCAAAGAUCAAUUGUCUUUCCAUCCUCUCCCACAGCUUUCAUGAAGCAUGGCACUGUGCCCUCCUCCUUCCCGAGGGACCUGCCCUUUUGGGAAUUGAUUUUGAUGCCGAUUGAAAUGUGCACAACUUAACCAAACUGCUACGUGGAACCAGAAUUGGUGUAGGGAGGCCCAGGGGCAGGAACCACUGCCAUGCUUCCUUUGGGGAGAGUGGAGCUUUGAGUAACUUGCACAAGUCUCUGAUCAUUCCCAUUGAAAAAAAUUGUCCAAGGCCUCUGUUUGCAUUUCGACUCUUGCUCAUUAAUUUUCCUUCCUAUAAAUCUUUAUCAGCUGGAAAUAAGUCAAACCAUUUGUUAAAAGCAGGAGAGCUUUGGGAGUCAAAAGGAACCAGCGCAUCUGUCAUAACUAGAAGGGAGAUGAAAGCGAAAGCAGUAGCUGGUGCAGAGGUACAGAAGGGGAGGUUUAGGAGAAAACUAAUAAUUCUAUCCAGGACUCUUGGAUGCCAUGUCUUAAUAAGAGUGUACAUUUACUUUAGGCUUAAUAUUAUAGGGCAUGAGGAAAACAUGCACCCUGCAUUCCUGGGGGAAAUUAGUUUGGAGUUAAAUGUGCACAGGACCUAAACUGUUGCCCAGGUUUCUGCAGCUAAGGGAUACUAUUCUGCACAGCUUAAUUUGGUGCUACCCCCUUGAGUUUGAGAGUGUUUGAGGAGGAAGAGAAGCAUAUUCCAGAUGCUUCUGACCAUUCCUGCUGCCCUCCUCAUCACCCCAAAAGUAGCUUCAAGUAAACUUUUGAACUGGCCUAUGCAAGACUCCCCUAGCUUAAUGCCUGCAAAUAGUCAUUUCUCGCAGAUUCCUGGUGUUUAUCAAUGCCCUUCCCGCUCUGUUUUUGUAGAAGUCCAAAUUCUGUUGACACCUAACCUGUAGAGAGGCAGGUGGGCACUCCUCUGAAUAACCUUGACAACAGCAGCCUUGGGCAAGAAGAAUCUCAGUUACUAUGGAGAUGUAAGCAUAGGGACCAAUUGCUCCUUGCUUUAGGGAGUAUUCAUGGGGCUCUCACUGAAGGCAGAUCCGUAUGUGGAGCUUUUCUCCUGAACCCACAUUCCUGUCAGCCCAAAGGCAGACUUGCAGAAAGCAUCAUCUCCCUUUCUUGUACUUUUUGAGCCAAGCAAUGUUUACAAUCCUUCCUCCUCUUUCUACUGCCCCCCAAGCCAGCCUGGCAAUUGGAUGAAGGGAUCAGGGGAACUACUACUGCCUUGCACUAGAAACAUACCUCUUCCUCCCCCUCAAGAUGCUGUUGCUGGCUUGGGAUAGUCUCAUGGACCAAAAGCAAAUUCUUUGGAGUGUUGCUGUCAGUAUAGCAGGGAACUAUGAUAUAACUGGAAAUUUAUAGGGCUGUGCUGCUGUGAUGGAAGAGCAAAGGCUGGGCAGAUUCCUCUAAGCAGGAGUAAGAUUCUUGAAAGUCAUCCUUCUCUGCAUAUUGAUUGGUGCUUCUCCUGUUACUUUUAAAGAAGCUCAGUGACUCCCCAAGGUCACUUCUGUGUUGGGACAGAAGGCAAAUCCAGUUAAACAGCCAGCAGCCAUGCAGUGCAACAAACCCUUAAAAGUAGGUCUUAGAGCCUGUGUCUAAUAACUCAUUUAGCUGUGAUGUGAUUGCAAAGCUCUGCCUAUGGAAGAGGCUUCUGGAAAACAUCUAGUGUCUUUAAAUCUAACGUGAGAGAAGUGGCUGUAACCCACUUUAUUUGGUAGUUGUCUCUUACUGGGAUAACUGAAAUGGUUGGCAAGUGGACCUCUGGAGGCACACUUCUUACCUUUUCGUUUUUAAGAACGCCCGUCAGAGGCACAUACAGAGAGAGAGGUGCUCAGUCCACUGAAGCCUCUGGUGGUUUUUAGUCGCCGCCUCUCAAGCACCUGGAAAGUACAAGGACCAAGUUAAAAGACACGUGUCGCCCUCACACAUUCUCCCAUUCCAGUGCUGUUUGCAUGUAUGUGCUCUUUCCCCUUCCCUCCCCUUCUGUGCAUAGAGGCAUAUCAGGACCUUGCCUUUCCCUCACAUUGCAUCCCCUCUUGCCUGUGGACUUUGUGGUACAGAGAGAACAUACAUAUGCAACGUUAAAAGCACGAGCUUAGUCUCUUUACAAGAGGUGUGAAAUAGGCUUACGUUAAGCAAGAGUUAAGGAGAACUUGCCUGCUCAAUGUUUAGGCCCCUGAAGUUUGAAAACAAAGGGAUGCUACAUUUCGUCAUUCCCAAAGUACUCUUGCAUAUCUUCGUGACUGGUGGAGUACCGCACACUAGUGAUUUGUAGCUAAAUCUCUCAGGAGGGUUUUAAAUCCCUUUGGGGCUCCCUAUCCAAGUUUAAAAUGAUGACGUUCCUGCACACCCCUCAGAUCAGUGGCAGAAAUAAUGACCAAAUCAUUCUUUUCAUAAAGUCAUAGAAGCACAAACAUUUCAGCAUAUUUUCUCAAAAAUAAAAAGCCCUAGUCCUACUUUUCCUUUGCACUAGUGAUUAAAGGGAGGAGGGUUUUGGUCUCCUCUUCACCAUAUCCAUGUCCCAGAGAGAUCCAUUUGUAGAAAUGAAAAGGUCAACAAGAAUGGUGACAGGUUUUUCUAUAACGCAACCAUUUUUAGAGGGAUACAGGUGUCUAGGGACCACCCAAUCUUAGGGUGAACUUUCUUAAGGUGCCACGAGAAUGACUGAUGGGUGAAGAGAAAUCACAUUCUUCUUGGUGCUAAGACAGAAGCACAACAUUAGUACUGGCUGAUUUCCUAACUGAAAAAGACAAAAUCAUGUAUAGACAAUCCUUAAGAGGACAGCUUUUUGUGAGGAAGAUACAAAAAUAACGUAAUGUGAAUAAAUAUUUUUAGAGGACCAAAUAAAGUUACAAUAAAAUACUCUCUCAUUAUUUUAUAAAUCUCCUAGUCUUUUCAACCCUGCCCUGGGAGAAAUGGUUUCUCACUGCUUGAUUUAUUUUUUUUCUGCCUUCUUUAUGCACUUUUGCCUUUUCCCCCAAUAGCACCUAAACCUGUAUUUAAAUAAAAUGUUAAAAAAGAAAGAAAAACAGCUAACUCGCAUCUGUGUAGCCAUUUUUAUUCAUGUCAAGUCUCUUGUACAUUGUAGCUUUUCAAAUAAGAUUUCAGUGUCUGAACUUAGAAUGAUUUUUUUUUUCCUUUGGAGUAUAUUUUGGGGUUUUCAUCUGUUCUUUGUGUAUUUCUUCUUUGUGGGCUUGCAUGCCCUCUCCAAAAGUCAUUUGGCCUUUUUCAAUGGCACCAUAGAAUCAAAUGUAGUACCAGUUCUCUUCUGGUUGACGCCAAUUUGAAAAUAAAAGUAUAAUUUUUA